ACAGGGGUGCGCCUCUUGCGUAGCGUUAUCAGCCGCCGCUCUGCUCGGAGCAGUAAAGGACAAAUAUCAGUCGGGCGAACGAGUGGAUACCUCUUGCCGCGCGUCAUAGGGAGCUCAGCUCAACCCGCCGUUGGUCGGCUAUCGGGGGUGCUCUGGGAGCCUACAGCGCCGGAGGAGCGAACGCCGCAACGGAUUCGAGUGAACGAGGCACGACACAGCAAGUGCGCGCAUGUAACGGCGACGCUGUGGGCACUUCAACGCGUUGCAGGGAAGCUACCUUAACUCGUGGACGCAAGCAGUACAAUUGUCGGUCAUCGUUUCCUGCCUUCGAAGGCUCACUGACCUAUGGUUUAUGGACACUCACUACCACGGCCAUACUUGAGACUUGGAACAUACGCUGAACAGCUUCAAUAACGCAAGAGGUUCGGCAAACUUCGUUUCUCGUGAUGCAUGAAUUACCCUGAGCUCGAAAAAUCACGGAAGUUCAAAAGAGCGAAAAAAAAAAAGCCGCAUUUUGCACAAAAACAUGGUCGAAGAAGAAAUGGCUCACUUUGACUUCCAGGAUGCUGAUACCGAGGAGUUUUUCCGUAAAGGUUUGCAAGAUAUGUACGAAGAUUGGGAUGCAGCUCGACUCACCAACGCUUUGAUGCAAUAUGGCAGCUAUCUCAUAUAUCGAGAGGAAUUUUCAAAUAGGGAUGCGGCUAUGCUCCGACGACUUUUCAGUGCACGACCGCCAGUCAGGAUUCUUUAUAUAUCCGAAAUCUCGCACGGCGCGUUCCGGACUGCUUUCGACGGCCAGGGGGAAUGUCCAUCACUGAGAAAAAUUCAUUUUGAUCGCAUUGAUUGCGAAGGUCAGGAUUUGGGCAUCGAUCGUUGCGAAGUACUCAAAAACGUUCACUCGUUGGACUUGGGAAGCGUCAACGUGGGAAGAGGGUUCGCGCAGGAGGUUGCAAGCUACAUUCGACAGAACGAGUCCCUGGAGGAGCUGUGGCUCCACGUUUCUUGUAGCCCAGACCAAGACAUAGGACCUAUUAUCGAAUCUCUAAAGGUAAACACCACUCUCAGGGAGUUUGGACUGAACAACCUGGGAUACGUCGCCCAGAUUGCGUUUGGAACACAGAAAGCAUCGGCAAAACUGUCGGCCGAUGUCUUAAUGGGCUUCGCGGAGAUGCUGGCGUCCAACUCAACGCUGCAGCUGGUGGACGUCAGAGAUUCGUUCCCCAUCGAAAGAGACAUGGUGUCGUCAUUACUGGCGCAGGAAGAACACGCAGGCGUCUUCAAGAGGAUUUGUAUCGAGUGGCCCGAACAGCUGCUUCCGGAAUUGACUGAGCUUAUCCGAAACGAAGCAUGCUGUCCCAAGUUGCACGUCAUCGUCAGCAGCUUCGUCGAUGAAAGAGUGCUUCGGGAGUUCCUUGACGCCGUGGUCGCCUUCAACGGACUCCUGGAGCUCCACAUUUUCCCUAACCACGGGCAACAGUCACCAUUCGAGCGCAAACACAAUGUAGUAGCGCAACGUAUCGCUUCCCUGUUGCGGCGCACGACGACACUCCGCGAAAUCUCCUGCUACAUGCACGCGGAUCAGCGUCAUCUCAUAGCCAUCCUACAUGCCUUGAAGAGGAACACUUCCGUUACGAAGUUCGUAAUUGACGCUGUCGCGCUUACGGGUGAAUUGAUGAAGUCGCUGUCCGAGUUGCUGGCCGUGAACAAAACGCUCGUGUACGUGUGCAUCUUAUAUUCCAUCGGGAGUCUGCCCCGCGAGGUCGAAGACGUCCUGCAAGCUUUGAGGACGAACUACACUUUGACCACUCUCGAUUUUGGAAGUUUACUCCGAUCAUUACCCCCAGGUGCACGAAAUCAACGUGCUCCUACAGAGGAACGUUCUUCUAAAGAACAGGGCUGCCCAGUUCGUCACUACAGGAGCUGACAUCAACGACGAGGAAGGCGUGGAUGCUCUGAGAAAAGUGCAAGCAAGCUCUUGUCUCGUGGAGGAAGUGCAGGAGCUCACAGGCAAGACAUCGGAGCUGGCGUUACAAGAAAUACGGGCAGCUUUAGCUCGCUCGCCUAUGUGAAUGCGGCUACGACGAAGUAUGCUGUUCUAGUAAAAGCAUAUCGACCUUCGGCCAACCCGCAUUCACUGAAUUUUAUAUAUCUAAGUGGAACUAUAUCUUUUGUAGCUUUCUUCGUGUGCAGUGAUGACAAAUAAGAGUUAGCACAUAAUAUUUAUUUUGUAUGAAAGCUCCAUGCAAUGCCACUUUUCGCGCUCGUCUGGCGCAGUACUCCAAAUGCACGUGCGGAAUGGUUGUGCAAAAAAAAUUAUUACCGAGUGAAUAAAAUUGAUGCUUCACCAAG